AUUGCGUACUCUUAACAUGUCCAAUGUUGCUUAACAUUAUGCUAGCAUAACUAGCACUUGAUAAUCAAAGAGUGGUUUUUGGAAUCUAUGUUGAACAAAAAUUUUUAAAUACUUUUAAAAAUCGCGCCUUAGUGUGCUAUCUAGUACUUUUUUAAAAUGUCAAGAGCUUAAUUUGAAAUUUUUCUACUUGCACAAAUUUUUCUUGCAGUUGGGAGUUUAUUUGAUUCGCGGAAAAUAGUCCUCAAAAAUUGUUAAAAACACUGGAUCCACGGAAAUAAAACCUUUUUCAUUGCCUAUGAUGUGUUAUCGUCACAAAAUGAUUUUGCAAAAAAUAGAGAUACAAAUUUGUUGUGUAUUUUGAUUUUCUGCAGUUUGGAGAAAGGGAGAUCUUCGUUUCGGGAGCCUUUUAAAUGUGGAAUUAAUAACAGCUGGGUUUGUGAUAGAGAUUGGUAUGGUGAACAAAACAGCUCGGAACGUAAAAACAUUGAUUUUUGUUGCUCCAAAUUACGCUUCUUUCCAAAGUUGUCAGGAAUUAUUCUCGACCCCAGAGCUCUUUUUAUCUCAAAAAGCUCUGAGGACGAGAGUGACUAGAAAUUGAAUUUAUUGUAUCUAAGAAUUUAAAAAGAUAUUUGACGUUGUUUCUUAUUCAUGAUUUGCACUGGUUCUAUCACUGAAUAUUAAUAAGAAAGUAAUCAAUAAAAAAUCUGCGGUCUGUGGAUGGAAAAAUUUAUCUUAUUAAUUAAACAAUUAAGAGAUAAGUGAUACUUUACGUUAAGUGGUUGACAUUUAUUCCUACUUUUAAUGCUUUGUGAAGAGAAUCAUUAUUCUUGUGGCUUCUCAUAUAUACGUCAAUACUGGUGCAAGUUGGAAAUUCUGAAGAAGUGUUGCUUUGGCAUUGCUGCUUACCAAAGUGGAGUGCGUUGCAUAAACUCGACCGAUGUGACACAAAAUGAUGCUGGUGAUUUCACACGAGGUGGUAUUUUGCCAAAAUACGACCCUCGCUUUUUCGGCUCAAGAAGAAGAAGAUCGUUUAACUCUAGACGACGUUACGUUAGUUCCAGGCGACGUUACGUUAGAUCUAGAAGACGUUACCUUAGCUCUAGAAGACGUUACCUUAGCUCUAGACGACGAUAUACUAGAAGAAGAAGAAGCUUCACCAGACGACGACGAAGCCUCACCAGAAGAAGAAGAGUUUCGAGACGCAGAAGAAGUUUUACCAGAAGAAGAAGAACUAUGACACGAAGAAGAAGAACAUCUAGAAGAAGAAGAACUGCGAGACGGAGAAGACGAGUUACUAGACGAAGAAGAAGAGUUUCGAGACGAAGAAGAAGAGUUAUGAGAAGAAGAAGAACUGCGAGACGAAGAAGAAUAUUUGUGCGACGAAGAAGAAGAUUUUCAAGGAGAAGGACAAGCUGCAAAACAGGAUCAGGGAAAUGUAAAAGUCCAAAUCCUGCAUAUAAAAUAAUCUGGAAAGCCGAAGGUAACAACAAUCCGAAAAGUAUAUACUUCAGUCGUAGGGCACAUGUUCCUCCUGGCGGUUCAGGUUUGACUAUUGGACGAGGUUAUGACAUGAAAGAACGAUCAAAAGAAGAGGCUUAUAACGAUCUUAUAAAGGCCGGUGUUCCAAAAGAACAAGCCGAGAAAUUGUCAGGUGGAGCAAAGUUACAGGGUAACGCAGCAAAAAAUUACUUGGAGAAGAACUUAAAAGGUAUAGUUAUAUCUGAGAAAGCUCAAGAAAAGUUGUUCAACAUUGCUGUAGAAGAGAAAGUGAAAGACGCGAAAAGAAUAUUCACAAAACCUGAUGUAGUGAAUGCUUAUGGAAAAGCAGAUUGGAAUAAAUUGAAUCCAGCUAUCAAAGGAACAGUUGUCGACAUGUUGUAUCGUGGGGAUUACAAACCGUCAACUAGGAAGUUCCUACAAAAGGCAAUUGUUGAUAACGAUUUAAAGAAGUUUACUGAAAUAAUGAGUAAUGAGAGGGUUUGGGAUAAGUAUGGCGUACCCCCAGAUCGAUUUAAACGAAGAAAGGAAUUCCUUGAAAAUGCUGUCAAAGAACAGAAAAAGGAAGAAAAAAGACGAAAAGGGCAAAUACCACGUCUUUGAUGUCUUGUCAUUUGAACAUUAGCCAUUCUUGUCCCCCAGAGCUCUUUAAGAUUAAAACCUCGGAUGUUUAUUUUAAAGAGCUCUGAGGUGGAGAAUGAACUCAAACAUUACUUUGUGGAUAAAAAUCAAAUACAGAGAAGGAGAACACGUUGAAAGACUCUUUGGCAAGUAAAAACCUUGAACUUGUUAAUGCAAAAUACACACACGUUUGUUCCAAUAAAGUUUUAUAUGCAUUUUCUAUGAAUUCUUCUUGGAAUUAUUGUUAUUCAAUUUGAUAUAUUACGUAUAUAACAUAUAACCAAACUUUUCU